AUGGAGGAUCAGCGGUGUAAUGCAAUGUUAAUUCCGAAAAUUUGCUUGGAACAAACACAUGUAUUUAAUGUGUUCAUUGAUUUUAUGCUCAAGAAUCAACCAUUUAGAACGUGCUCUCAUGCAACCUCUCAGUGGAAAAGCCGAAAAUAUUGGGUAAAACAAGUGAAUGGCAAAAGCGUAAUUAAUACCGAAUUCCUCGUUGAACAUUAUGGACAAAUGGAAGUACCGGUCAGGAAAGAAAUGCCUCAUUGCAGUGCUAAAUGUGAAAAAAUAAAGCUUAAGGAUUAUAUUCAAAAAUUGCGAAAAAAUAACGGAUCGGACGAUGCUGGCUAUGUGAAAGACUGGCAUUUUCAGCAAGACUCAGGGACAUCAUGUGAAAUGUAUGGUUUACCGUCAGUGUUCCGUUUCGAUUGGAUAAAUAACGAGAUAUGGUCAAAUGAUGAGCGCAGUCAACUAGGCGAUUACCGUUUUGUUUAUUUUGGAGUCGAAAAUACAUGGACUCCAUUCCAUGCAGAUGUAAUGAGCUCAUUUAGUUGGUCAGCUAAUAUUUGUGGGCGAAAACUCUGGUAUUUUGUAACACCAGGAAAAGAAGAAUACUUCAGAUUAGACCGUCAUAGUUUUUUAAAAGACAUUCGAACAGCACGAGACAAAUGGUCAGAAGCAGACGUUUUGUCAUUUGUGCAAGAAGAAGGCGAGAUUUUUUUUGUCCCUUCUAACUGGUAUCAUCAGGUGCAUAACUUGGAAGAUACGAUCUCUAUCAACCAUAAUUUUAUUAAUGCAAGCAAUGUUGGCUUGGUUGUUGAAUUGAUAACUGAACGUUUGAAAGAUGUAGACAGAGAACUGACUGACUGCAAAGAUUAUUUUUCAUCAAUAGAAUACAACAGAUAUUGCGAACAAAUAUUAUCGGCAGACAUUCGAGUGAAUUUAGCGACGCUCAGUUCAUUACUUCAUUUAAUUUCAAAUGAUAGGAAAAAUGAUGUGGAUGAGUGCUGGACUUGUCCAAAACAUCGAUCAUUUCUAGACUGCAAAACAGACAACGAUUGUUUAGAAUCUAUGCGACAGUCAAGUCGAAAUAUUUGUACAUGCACACUGGCAAAUAAUGAAAUUUGCUUUGAAUGCUCAAAUUUUAUGAAAAAGAUUGAAAUUUCUGUUGCUGCCCAGUGUUUGACUCAAAUCCGUGGCAUCAUUGAAAGUAGGGGUUAG